CCUUCGACCAAUCUCCUAUUUAUGAGCUGGUCAAGUUUUACCUCGAUGACCUGGAACCACUAAACAAUUUUAGCUUUCAAACUGUAAAACGCUUUGGAAACUUCCCAGAAUGAAUAAACAGAAAAAUGAAAAUAUGGGGCACAAUCAAAUCAGUAUUUUAUAUAUGGAAUAAUAUCAGUCUUAAGCAUGCCCAACUAACUGGCAUUGGAAAUGAAUAUUUACAUGGAAUACAACAAUUUUGUCCCACUUCCAUUUGAGUACAUGCAUUUUCCCAUGUCCUAUGUUUUUCUUUCUUCCACAGUUGUACUUAGUGCAAAUCUUCACAGACCUUCAAUGAAUCCCGGUCAAAUCUGCUGUAUUAAAAUUCUGAGGAGCCGUAGUUGAGGCUGAGCAUUGCUGCUGCUCUCUGUUGACCCUGUGUAUGAUUUGGGAAGUGGGUCUGUGACAUCUCAGUCAUAGUUGGAGAUGUUAUCAGAGACCGGGAAGUCUGCUUGGUCUCUCUCCUCUGGUCUGCAGUGCCCAUAAAACAGCAGGAAAAAGAAUAGCAUGCUUGUGAGGGCAGUUGAGUAGAGUGGGGAACAGUGUUUGUGAUUGUUCAGGGCCCCACUGCAGCCCAGAGACUCAAGUCUCCCCCAUGCGCGAGGGUGUUUUUGUGGCGUCUCUGUCAGCCACAGCUCAACCAGGUCAAAUGGGAAUACAGUUCUCUCUUGCUUUUUGAAUAAUUUGCAAAGUUAGCAACAUGAAUUGGCUGCUUUUGUGUUAAGUGUUGCCCUUUAACCUUAUAUUUUCCUUAAAUUUGAAAAUGUACAACAGAACUGCAUUCAUCAUAACAAGUAUUUUGUUGGAUCAUAUCUAUCAUCAGCAAAAAUGUCAGCACUUACUAACAUGAGGUGGAAAGUCAUUGUUAACACCUGGAUGUAGUGUAACAUUUCUGUGAGUUUCUGGGUGGCUGUGGGGGGUGUGAUGUUAUUUUUAGUGAGGCAGUGAGGCAAAUGGGUGGAGUUAAUGGGACCACUAGGGGUGAAAAGCUUUCCAAGGAGACUGAAACAGUUUUGAGAGUAAGGAUGGAGGUGUAGUGCUCUUUAAGGUCUAGGAUUAUCUAAACUGAACUGAGGAUAUUUUCAUUAAAAUCUCCACUUCACAAUGCUUUUAUAAUAUUAUACAAGCUAGUUUGACUGCUGUAGGGUGUGACCAUGGCAACGACAGCUUUGACUGGUUUCUCCAUGAUGAGCCUGCUCAGCCUCGGGUACCUGACCUGGGAUUUGAUGAGUCCUAACCAGGUGGAAAAUGAGCCAGACCAAACUUUUGGAGACAGGUCUCCUACUCCACAGCCUCCUCACAUCAUUUUUAUCCUGACAGAUGAUCAAGGGUUCAAUGACAUUGGCUAUCACAGCUCUGACAUCAAGACACCAGUCCUGGAUAAACUGGCUGCAGACGGAGUAAAGCUGGAGAACUAUUACAUCCAACCUAUCUGCACCCCAUCCCGAAGUCAACUCAUCACUGGCAGGUACCAAAUUCAUACUGGCUUGCAGCACUCCAUUAUCCGGCCACGCCAGCCGAACUGCCUGCCCUUUGACCAGGUCACCCUCCCCCAGCGGCUGCAGGAGCUGGGCUACUCCACUCACAUGGUUGGCAAGUGGCACCUGGGAUUUUAUAAGAAGGAGUGUUUGCCCACUCGCCGUGGCUUUGACACGUACUUUGGCUCCUUAACGGGCAGUGUGAAUUACUACACCUACGACUCUUGUGACGGCCCCGGGCUGUGCGGCUUUGAUCUCCAUGAGGGGGAGUCUGUUGCAUGGAGCCAGAGAGGAAAAUACUCUACACAUUUGUACACGCAGAGAGUUCGCAAGAUCUUGGCAACCCAUGAUCCUCAGUCCCAGCCGCUGUUCAUCUUCCUCUCUUUCCAGGCUGUUCACACUCCACUGCAGUCUCCACAGGAGUACGUUUACCCUUACCGCGAGCUGGGAAACGUGGCACGCAGGAAGUAUGCUGCCAUGGUCUCAGUUGUAGAUGAGGCAGUUAGGAAUAUAACAUAUGCUCUUCGCAAGUAUGGUUAUUACCAGAACAGUGUCAUUAUCUUUUCUACUGACAACGGUGGCCAGCCAUUGUCUGGUGGCAGUAACUGGCCUCUCAGGGGACGUAAAGGCACCUAUUGGGAAGGUGGCGUCCGGGGUCUGGGGUUUGUCCACAGUCCUCUACUGAGGAGGAAGAGGAGGGUGAGUAAAGCCUUGGUACAUAUUACUGACUGGUACCCCACGCUGGUGGGUCUAGCAGGUGGCAAUGAGUCAUUGACUGAAGGUGUAGAUGGAUAUAAUGUUUGGCAAGCCAUCAGUGAGGGUAAAGAGUCGCCUAGAUUAGAGAUCCUUCAUAACAUUGACCCGCUGUAUAACCAUGCACACUGUGGCUCGCUGCAGAAAGGAUAUGGGAUUUGGAAUACAGCCGUUCAGGCCUCCAUACGAGCUGGAGACUGGAAACUUCUGACAGGAAACCCUGGUUAUGGAGACUGGAUCCCAGCACCAAUUCUUCCAGGAUUUCCCAAUGGUUGGUGGAACCUAGAGCGCCACACUCAGCCCCGGAAAUCUGUGUUUCUUUUCAACAUCUCUGGAGAUCCCUACGAGCGUGUUGACCUUUCCGAGCAGAGGCCAGAUGUUGUCAAAGAACUUCUAGCCAGGCUGGUGUACUACAACCGCACUGCAGUGCCAGUAAGGUAUCCAUCAGAAGACCCUCGGGCUGACCCUCACCUAAAUGGAGGUGCCUGGGUCCCCUGGGUGGGAGAUGAGGAGGAGGACACUUUGGACAGUUUUUACCAGAAGAAGAACAAAGAUUGGAAGACGAAGCUUAAGCUGUCCAAAAGCAGGUCAUUUAUCAGGAGACUCAACGCUAGGAUGAUGUCCAACAGGAUAUAGAGUGGGCAUGACUGAAAACGAUUCACUUCAGAAAGACAAUGUUCAGAUGUUUGAAUUUUCACAGGAUACUUGAGUUAUGCAAGCUCCAGUUGCUGUUAAUGAGUUUCAGAUGAAGUUCAGUCUCUACAGAAGUGACUGAUUAAACAAAUCCAAAUCUGUUUUGUAAAAAUGUAACGAUGACAAUUCUCCCAAGAAAAGAGUUGUUUUAUUGUAAAGAUGUUUCUGUAGUCUACAUGUUGACAAAGUGAGAAGAACAAAUCCUUCAAUCAAUCAAUCAAUCAAUCAAUCAAUCAAUCAACAAUAUUAUAAAUGGCAACUACCUCUAUAUUACCAGAAAGUCAGAAUAAGCUAACUUUAGUUGCUGUUGUAGACAGAUAGAUAGAUAGAUAGAUAGAUUCUUCAUAAUUGAAUGACUAACUGAAAGGUCACAUCCUAAAAAAUGUGAUUAGGACAAAUAAUAAAUAAUUAAAUGAAUUAUUUUAUUCUUAUGCCACAUUUCAAAAUUGUUUUUUGAACAACGUGAAAUCAUUUUUCUAUGAGUUAAUGCUUUUUCAUCUGUACUGAAUCUUGUGGUGUGUGUUGUUGUUCACCGUUGUAGGCUGAUGUCUGACUGAUGUGUGUGACUAAAUGAUUAUUGCAGUGGAGAUUUAUUAGUCAGUAAGAAACACAGCGACUGCCUGAGGAAGCCUGAUCACCACACAAAGGCCAACACAUGUGCGGGUGCUCAGAUCAGUGCUACACACAAAUGUGAGCAGGAAAACACCGCAUCACUCUGAAACUAGUAGAGUUAGUUUUUUUGAGUCACUUUCCUCCAUGUAGAACGAACGUACCAGAGCGGAAUUCCACCAAGUGUCCUAGGAGGAGUCAUUAUUAGCUCCACAUAUUUAUAAAUUGUUUUGAUAUGCUAUUUUGGGGGGGGAGGUUUGUUUUCAAAUAAAAACAGAGCAUGUGAUAAGCUGAACAGAUAUGCAAUCUAUAGCAAACAGAAAUGCUACUAAGUUCUCUGACCAUGAUGAAUUCUGCCAUGUUGGAUUAAAAGUGGGCAGCGAUGGUCGUGUGCUACAAUAAUUGUUUUGUUAACCAAUGUAUUGCAGCGACUCAUGUGUUUGUAUGAUGUCACUUCAUGUUUUUGUUAUUGUUGUUGGGAAGAGGAAUAAAAAACUCAAAG